UCUUCGCAGCGAAUUUUCCUUCCGGCCUUUGUUUUAUUUUUUCCGAUUAUUUUAUGUAGUUUUUCGUCAGGCGUAAUUUUCUCUACCAUCAAAUGCCACCAAUAUACAUAAGUAUAUUGCGCUUUCCACACAAGCAGCAAUGCACAUGCUUGGCUUUAUUGCCUAACUUCACUAGCUUGGCCGGCUGAGCAGCUGGUUUUGUAUAUGAAACUGCGAUUUUUAGAUUUCAGUCGCGUUUGGCAAUUUCGUGCGGUUUGUUGCCUCUGCAUGUUGCUGCCACCAGCUAGCAAAACUAAGGACCAAAAAUUAUUUCCGUCGUUGCUACCCGCAGUUGUGCCGCAUAUUUCGCACUUCGCUCGUACGGCUUGUGUCCUUUUCAUUUUUAUUGUUCGUAACUUUUUCUUUCACCAUGAAUUGGGCUCUCUCCAAUUUGACGGGCGGUAAUCGUGUCAGCCGCGCCAUACUCGUACGCUAUUCCGCGGUGCCUUUGGCCUCGGAUGCAUCCGAUUCAGUGCCGCAGACACCGUCGUCCUCAUCCUUAGCCUCCGGUAGGUCAACGAAUGGAUCGUCCUCAAUAUUUCCGGGUUCCUCGUUCCUGAAUACGUCGUCCUCGACGUCGUCGCGUCAUCAUGUUCCUGGACGUGCUGUGCCGCAGCGGAAUGGUGGCACAGCCGCAACGCAGCUCUCUCUGCCAUUAGACGUGGAGGAGACGGUCACCUGUUUUUACAACCACGGCGACGACGGCUAUAAUGAUGCCGAUUCCGAUGCCGAUGCUGAACCAACACCAAUGCAGCAGNGUAAGCCGACGUCAUUAGCAGAGCUGCCGCAGAAAGCGUUGCUAUAA